AUGCUAAAGGAAGUGAAGAAGUCUCACAAGGAUGGCGAUUUGUGGGCCUCGCGUCUGGAAACUUCGGCCUCACGUCACAACAAGAAAACAGCAGAAGAAAAGACUAGUGAGCUCCAGUCUUGUCAGAAAGAGCUGUCUUCAGUGCGCAAUGAGAUCAAGGUCUUAGAGGAGAAACUUGUUGAGGCUCAGUCGAAAGCGGCACACCUGGAAGUCCAGUUACGGAACGCAAGUCGUGAGCCCACCGACGCUGGAGAUGAAACUCAAAUCAUCCACUUACGCAACAAUCCUUUGCAGUGCGCCGUAGAUGCUUAUGGUGAAGCUGAAAAAGAGCGCCUUCGAAAGCGAAAGGCGGUAUGUUGGCUCUUCCUCUCAUAUAAAACUACUGACAAACUAUACCAAAUUUUUUCGCAGCCUUUUGGCAACUCUGCCGAAACCACUUACAAACCGAACUUCAAAGAAAACUCUCGUAUUUUCCCAUAA